GUGAUAAACUGAUGAUUAUCCAAAACUUUCCUUCAGUUCUUCUGUUGUUUGUAGAUUAUUUCAAUUAAUAAAGGUGUUAAAUUAAUGAAAGAAAAGAAAAUUAAUUGUGUUUAGCAGUGAAUAGAGAUAGUGUGGGUAUUCGACAGUCGUUUUCAUCUCAAGAAAUCACAAUGUCGGCUCGCAACGUUGCUCCGACGAUGAACGAGCAACAUUUACUCGCCACCAUCAAAUUAAUUUUCCCUGAUCUGGAGGUCGAUAUAAGAGAUAUUAAAAACCCAACUCAAGCCUUCAUCGGUAAUUUCUACGCCUUAUUUUUGGAAGAUUUUGGAGCUGAUAUAAAUGAACUAUCACAGAUCCAAAUGAAACAAAUGACCAUUAUAUCCCACGUCGAUAUGUACAGUCAAACUAUACCUCAUAUCAAUAUGUACGAAGCGGUGAAUUUCUUCUAUAAAAAUAUCGGCAUCAAUGAUUUCAAUUACAGCGAUUUGGUGAAUCCAAAUCCCAAACGAACUGUAGCUCAAUUAAGCGCUAUUAUGGCUUUUCUGCAACAUUGCGAUAGCGCCGUUCACGAUAUACAAGACUCGAUAGAGCAACUGAAACUUCAAAAGUCGAAGAAAGAAGAACUAUUAUCGAAAAUCGAAUCUUUGAAGAAAGAUAUCAAUCAAAGAGCCACAAAUCGCGUCAAAAGAAACGAAAGGAUAAAAGAGUUGGAGCAAAUUAUCGAAAAAGAUAGACAAAAAUUAGACGAGCUAUUCAAAGAAAAAGAGACGCAAAAACAAACGAUGGAUGAAAUAAAACGACUUAUUGCCCAAGACGAACAAAAAGAAUUGGAGUACGUGAAGACCAUCUCUGGUUUGAAAGAAGAGAACGAGAAAUUAGGAGACAUGAUUGUUAAAUCUCCGAAUAAAUUGAAAAGCGAAUGGCAAACGCUGGAAGAUAAAAAGGAAGAAUUCGUCAGCACAGUUAAAUCUUUACAAGAACAGAUUGAAGAAAAGAAGAAAUUGAAUAAUCUGAUCGUUAACGAAUGUGCUGAACAAGAAGGACGUAUACAGAAACUAAACGAAUUGCUAGAAAUGGAAAAAUCCAUCGAAGAGAUGAAUAAUCGUUUGGAUUCGAUAAAGAAGAAACAUUCCGAGUUGGCUGAAGAAAUAGAUGAACUCAAAUUGAAGAACACGAACUGGCUUCAAACUCUGAAAAGUCUUAAAAAUAGUUACGAAGAAUUGAAAGCUCGUAAACUGAAGCAAGAUGCUGAAAACAAGGAAGCAUUGGAAACAUCCGAAAAGGAGUAUCAAGAAUGGGUGAAAAAAUGCCAAGAUAAAUCAGAAUACGAAAAUAAAUUGCAUCAGGCUAUCGACGAAGCUAAUCUGAAAGUCAAACAGCUUGAAAGCGACGUUACCCUGUUUCACGAGUACUUGAUGAGACAAUAUAACAGUUUAUGUUCUCAAGAAAAAGAAAUCAUGAAUCGUUUCGAUAAGAUAUUAGAUUCUGCUAGCCAGAGAAAUCACAUGAUGGUGGAGGAAGAUUUAUGAAACCAUGAAGAUAUUUAUUUGUAUAGUUUUUUAAAAUGUAAUUUUAUAUACUCGUAAAUUUAGUUUUCCUAAUAUUAAAUUUUUACUCCUUCA